GGAGCCGGAGCCGAAGCAGCCGCGGCGGCGUGGACCCGGCAGCGGCGGGCGCGGACGGCGGGGACGGCUGCGGGCUCCGCCCUGGGCAUGGGGCAGCCAGAGGGGGCCGCGGGCGGGCGCUGCGCCCCGGGCUGGAGGCGGGUAGCCUGAGCGGCCGGGACCCACGAUGCGCUCCGAGGGCGCGGCCCCCGGGCCGGCGGCGCCGCUGUGCGGGGCGCUAAGCCUGGUCCUGGGCGCGUUGCUGGGCAAAGUGAUCGAGGGCCGUGGGGUUGCAGACAAUAUUCAGAGAUUCUCCUCACUGCCACCGUACCUCCCGGUGAGCUACCACAUCCUCAGAGCAGAGACCUCAUUUUUCCUGAAGGAGAGCAGCCAGGACUUGCUGCGGAACUCCAGCCUGCAGUCCCGAGUGGAGUCCUUCUUCAUGUACAAGGCCAAGCAGCCUCCAGUACUGAAUGCCAGCUAUGGGCCUUUUUCUGUGGAAAAGGUCAUACCCCUGGACUUAAUGUUGACUUCAAACUUUUUAGAUCCCUCCAAUAAGUUUAGUUUCGACUGGAAACUGAAGGCCCACAUCCUGCGGGAUAAGGUCUACCUGAGCAGCCCCAAGGUGCAGGUCCUCUUCCAUAUCGUGGGCAGAGACUGGGACGACCACAGCGCUGGGGAGAAGCUGCCCUGCCUCAGGGUCUUUGCUUUCCGAGAGACCAGAGAGGUGAGGGGCAGCUGCCGGCUGAAGGGGGACCUGGGGCUGUGUGUGGCUGAGCUGGGGCUGCUGCCCGGCUGGUUCAGCACCCCCACAGCAGGACCCGGGAGGAAGAAGUUGGUGGAGCAGCUGGAAGGGAGUCCAGUGGAGCUGUACUACACCGUGCAGCCUGGGAGCGAGCGAGGGGACUGCGCGGGGGGCGACUUCAGGAAGGGCAAUGCCAUCCGCCCAGGAAGGGAAGGGCUGGAGGAAACCACAGCCCAGUUGCAGAGGAUCGGCACUGUGGGCCUCUACCGGGCCCAGGACAGCGCCCAGCUCAGCCAGCUGCGUUUGGAUGGCAAUGUGGUCAUCUGGCUACCGUCCAAGCCAGUCAGACAGGGAGAUGUGGUCACUGCCUAUGUAACUAUCUCCAGCAAUUCCACCGUAGACCUCUUCAUCUUAAGAGCCAAGGUGAAGAAGGGAGUGAACAUCCUGGGUGCUCAGACCAGCGAGCCUCGGCAGUGGGGCGUCCAGCAGGAUCUGGGCAGCGGCGGGAAGCACGUCACCGCCACAGUGGCCUGCCAGCGCCUGGGGCCCAGCGCACGCAACAGAAGCAGCAGCUUAUUCAAUGAGGUCGUACAGAUGAACUUUGAGAUCGCCAGCUUCAGCAGCCUCUCGGGGACUCAGCCCAUAACGUGGCAGGUGGAAUACCCACGGAAAGGGACAACAGACAUCGCCGUGUCCGAGAUCUUCAUCAGCCAGAAGGACCUGGUGGGCAUUGUCCCCUUGGCUAUGGACACUGAAAUUCUGAACACCGCCAUCCUUACGGGAAAGACAGUGGCCAUGCCCAUCAAGGUGGUCUCUGUGGAAGAGAACAGCGCAGUGACAGACAUCUCAGAGUCGGUGGAGUGCAAGUCCACAGACGAGGAUGUCAUCAAAGUGUCUGACCGCUGUGACUACGUCUUUGUCAAUGGCAAAGAGAUAAAAGGCAAGAUGGACGCAGUGGUGAACUUCACAUACCAGUACCUGAGUGCCCCCCUGCACAUCACCGUGUGGGUGCCGCGGCUGCCCCUGCAGAUCGAGGUCUCUGACACAGAGCUAAGCCAGAUUAAGGGAUGGAGGGUCCCCAUUGUGGCCAGUAAGAGACCCACUCGAGAGAGCGAGGAUGAGGAUGAGGAGGACCGGCGUGGCCGGGGCUGCGCCCUCCAGUACCAGCACGCCACCGUGCGGGUCCUCACCCAGUUUGUGUCUGAGGGGGCCAGCCCAUGGGGCCAGCUAAGCCACUUGCUGAGCCCUGACUGGCAGUUCGACAUCACACACCUGGUUGCAGACUUCAUGAAGCUGGAGGAACCACAUGUGGCCACACUCCAGGGCAGCAGGGUCCUGGCUGGGCGUGAGGUCGGGAUGACGACCAUUCAGGUAUUGUCCCCACUGUCUGACUCCAUUCUGGCAGAGAAGACGGUGACUGUGCUAGAUGACAAAGUGUCAGUGACAGACUUGGCCAUCCAGCUCGUAGCUGGGCUGUCUGUUACCCUCCACCCCAAUGCAGAAAACAGCAAGGUCAUUACAGUCGUGGCCACAGCUGAGGAGCUGCUGCGGUCCCCCAAACAGGAGGCCGUGGUCAGCACGUGGCUGCAGUUCAGCGAUGGCUCGGUGACUCCCCUGGACAUCUACGAUAACAAGGACUUCUCCCUGGCAGCCACUUCCCAAGACGAGGCCAUCGUGUCUGUGCCCCAGGCCCGCUCCCCCAGGUGGCCCGUCGUGGUGGCGGAAGGGGAAGGCCAGGGGCCAUUGGUCCGAGUGGACAUGACGAUUGCAGAGGCCUGCCAGAAAUCCAAACGCAAGAGUGUCCUGGCCGUGGGCAUUGGCAACAUCAGGGUCAAGUUUGGACAGAAUGAUGCUGACUCUGGCCCUGGGGGGGAUUACGAGGAAGAUGAGAUCAAAAACCACGCCAGCGAGCGCCGGCAGAAGGGGCAGGAUCACCAGCGCGCAGGCCAGGACGCGUCCUUCUACGGCAGCUCUUCCAUGGGGCGCGAGGAGGGGGCUUUGCGAAGGGUCACCACCACAGCCAAGUCGCCCCUGGACAACAAAGUGGUGAAAAACAGCCGGGUGGACGGGGGCAGGCUGUCUGGAGAGGGGCAGCUGCAGAACAUCCCCAUUGACUUCACCAACUUCCCUGCCCACGUGGACCUCCCCAAGGCUGACACCGGGCUGGAGGAGAGCGACCUGGUGCAGACGCCACGGGGCCUGAGCGACCUGGAGAUCGGCAUGUACGCCCUCCUGGGGGUCUUCUGCCUGGCCAUCCUCGUCUUCCUGAUCAACUGUGCCACCUUCGCCCUCAAGUACAGGCACAAGCAAGUGCCCCUGGAAGGCCAGACUGCUGUGCCCCAUUCUCACGACUGGGUGUGGCUGGGCAACGAGGCCGAGCUUCUGGAGAACGCCGGGGACACGCCACCUGCCCAGCACGAGCACACGACCGUCAUCGACCGCGGCCUGGGCGCCUACGAGGACAGCAGCCAGCUGCUCCUUAACGGCAGCUCACAAAAGCACGUGCAGAGCCAGCUCCCCAGGGCGGCUGAGGCCGCGGGGAGGCAGGGCCGGGAACAGAAGCAGGAGCCCCUGCACUCACCCACCUCCAAGAGGAAGAAGGUGAAGUUCACCACCUUCACCACCAUCCCCCCGGACGACGGCUGCCCCACCGUGAACUCCAUCCUCGGCAGCAAUGACGAGGACAUUAAGUGGGUGUGCUGAGACGUGGGCGUGGGCCUGGGCGUCCCAGGGACUCGGGGCUUGUCUGGAGAGAGUCACAGUAGAGUGAAGGCCCUCGGCCGGGCACCUUCCUUCCAUUCCACAGUAGGUUUCCACUCUGCAAAUUAGCCUGGGUGGGGCAGAGGUUCUUGCUGGGUUGAGUAGGAAGGGCUGAACCUCUAUGACAGUGGGAAGUUUUGAAGCCGGGAAGGGACAUUUUUUUGUAUCAAGGUUUUGUUGGGUUUUUUUUUAAGCAGUCCGUGGUGGCAGAUUUUCGAAAGUCAGAGGAAUAAACUCUGGGGCGCAGGGAGUGCAGGCCGAGAUGCUGAACUGCACAAGGUGAAAUUACUAGGGGAAGAUUAUUUUAUGAGUCAAAAUAUAAUACAGACAAGCUACCAAAAAUAAUUUGUUAAAAAAUGAAAAAAAGACAAAUAAAAAGAGAUAGAAAUAAUAAUCUGUUUAUAUUUCUAAUAAAGGAGCAAAAUAUAAAAAUAGGGCCUGCUGAGAGACAUCAUGCAUUUAAGUUCAAUAUUUUCUUUUCCAAGGACAGCCUUUGACUGUCGGCAAGGGGCAGGGCAGGCAUGCCUCUCAAUACUGGUUGCCUCUUGGGAUAGAACAAAGGAUUUUAAAUCUUUACUUUUUUUUCUUUUUUGUGUCCUAGACUUCCAUUUCAUUUAUAUUUAAUGUUUAUUUCUAAGGAUCGAGGGGUAUAUUUUUCUUAAAUGAAACAUAAAUUAUAUUACUAUUUGUUAGAUGGAUUCUUAGAAACAAUGUCAAUUAACCCAGUCUUUAAGUAGCAACUUUAAUGCUUUUCUAUAUCCUGCCAGCCUUGUCAGUACUCGCUGGGUUUUCACAGUCAGGAGGAGCUCUCACAGCCUCUUGUGGGAGGAGGGACCUUGAGCCCCCACCACCACCAGGUCUGGGACAUUGCUAAAGGCUAUACCAAAGGGACGUGGUCAGCAGAAGGAAGCCCAGCCUGGCCCACCUAACUGCCAAAUGACUCCUUCCCUCCUGGCACUGGGGAAAGCUGGCUCAAAUCCAAAAGAGAGACAGUGCUAAGAGUCAACCUGGUGGGAUAGGUCUGUCAGAAGAUCUAUCCAAUACUGGAAAAAAAAAAAAGAACAACAAUUAAAAGCAAAACCUUAUGAGUUUUUAAGUUGUUUUUCUUACUUUGUUGGGUGGGGUAUACCAGCAUAAACUCUAAAGAUAAAAAUCUAUGUUAGAUUGUCAAUCAACUGUGUUUUUGAACAGCAUAAUUGUGUAGCAGCACAUUGCAAACACACAUUCAUCCAAAGCAACAUGUAUGUGGCCCAGAAGACCACGACAGAGUGAAAU